AUGAACCCGCAUACAGAUGACGAAGGCCAGUCUACCAAAUACUAUUUUGCCUAUGGAAGCAACCUCCAUCUACAGCAGAUGAAAAAAAGAUGUCCUGGAAGCAAGUUCAUCGGUUCUGCAAAGCUUGUAGACUACAGAUGGCAGAUCAAUGAGCGCGGAUACGCAAAUGUCGUUGAGGCGCAAGGCCACUGGGUUGAAGGCUUGGUCUACGAGAUCAAUUCUCGAGACGAAGCUCGUCUCGAUAUCAAUGAAGGCGUUUCCAAGGACGCAUACAGAAAACAGUACAUGUCGGUCUUGUUACGGCGUGCUGAUGCUUCAUUGUACCGCCGGCCUGUGCCUUGGAUUGUGAACAACGGCGGCCCAGACCAGGCGAGAAUUGUAGCUCAGCAAAGCACCGGACAGAGCAGACUCAUCGUCUACAAGCCUCAUUUGGAACACGACAUAUUGGUAUAUAUCAGUCCAAGAUACAUUGUCGACAGUGAUCCCAAGGAAGAAUAUAUCGACCGAAUCAACUUGGGGAUUGCCGAUGCCAGAGCUCUGGGGGUCAGUCACGACUACAUCAGCAACUGCGUUCGACCCUUUAUCCCAGUGACAUCCACCCAGAACCCGGGACCGUCUGGGACAACCACUAACACAACGGCAGGCAAUAAGCCAAAAGUUGUGAGAAAGGCUCCCGCUCCUGCUUCCGCUCCCGCUCCAGCUCCGGCCAAAAAAGCCAAGCAACCUGCCGCCCUUGAAGUCAAACGCACAGCCCCUCCCAGAGGUAGAGACCCGUCGCCAAACAAGACAACCAGCCGAAGACCAUCACCGCAACAGCAACAACCUCAGUCACCAGGGGCUUAUAAUCAACGUUUCCCGAGAAACUCUGCACCCGGUGGUCUGGACCGGCUUAUGCGACCUUCGCAGUCACGUUCUCAUGCAGCAUCAGUGCCACCGCUUCCCCAACGGCCAGCUUACCCUGGAGUUACUCUACGAGUUCCUGCUUCGAACCGGCCCAGGCCUGUGUCAGAUGUUGGUGCGCCGGCGCCUCCUUUGCCUCCUCGACCUCGUCGAGUACGGAGCAUACCAGUCAUUGUUGUACAGGAAAGCUAUAGUGGUUAUUGGUAUCGAUAA